AGGAUCACAGACUGAUGAACCAGCUUCAUUUCAGCUGGUGUGCUUACAAACUGAGGCUGGAGCAAAGGCACCUUCGCUGCCGACCAGGAGUAAAUCUUCUGAUACUCUGGCCGGUCCUUCAUUCAGUGACCGUCAGUCUGGCUCUUUAAGCCGAUUGUAUUCCCAAACCAGCGUUACAGACAAACCAGUUACUUCGCUCAGCUCAUCAGGACCUGUUGAACAUGGUGAAGUGGUAUACAUUGUGCCAUGGAAAUCACUAUCUUCACAAUGGCCAGUUGUUUCUGAAUCAGCUUUUAGGAGUUCCAUGAAUUACCCCGGAGUUACCUUAUUGGACUGCUGCCGUACCGCACCGUUUGCAACAGAUGUACAUGGCGGAGAUUUUGACAGAUCGGCUGGGUCUACUGUCUGCUCCACAACGGACGAUAAACAUACCCACGAUGCGGUUUCUCCUGCCGAUGACUCUUUGCGCAUAAGCCAAACCUACUCGGUUUCUCAGGAUUGCAGUGCAAGUGCUCCACGCGUGUUCCGGAACGCACCAUUCGCUGCGGGGGAUGAAAAUCAGUUCGUGGAAACUCAUCCCACCGAUCCUACGAGUAUUUCUGAGUCUGGUGAAGUCAAACCCUCCGUUUCCGUCAAGGCAGAGGACGUUCAGCCUCCAGACAUUCAGCAGUCAGAGUUGUCUGCGGUUUCGUCAAUCACCGAGGUUACUGGUUAUUCCAAAAAGUCACCCGACCGCGAGGAAAUGUUAGUCACAUCCCUGCUAGUGGAAAAGGGUACUCAGCCUCUCAGUGUUGACCUUCCUGAGCAGUCGAUUUGUCUUAAACCAGACGACGAAUCUGUCGAUGAAAUGAUGGCCCGAUAUCGCCGGCAAACCGAAGAAGCGCGAAUACCUUCUGCCUCUUCGUCAGCAUGUCAGCAUACCAACCCCGUUGUCAGGAACCCCCAAUUCACAGCGAAAUUCGUUGAAGAUAUUCGACAGUGUGUGAAACGAGGGCUUUGUCAGAUUUUUAGCCAUCCACUCACUGGACCUGUGGCAAUCCAGUUGCUCUGUGAUGAAGUAGUAUCUAACUCGUUGGGAACCACACACCAUGCAGCCUGCCCGGAAGAUUAUCUUCUCAUCCUCUUUCUGCAAGCAUGCCUUGCAGAGGCUGAGUCGGUUCAAGAACCCGCACUGUCUGCGAUUAUAGGGGAAGCAAUUUGCCUUUUGAAGAUCCUCCUGGAAGCCUCAGGCGAUGCCUCUACUGUCUGCCAAGGAAAUCAGCUGCCUAGUUCCGUGCCAACACCAACUGCAACUCGUCCCAAGCUGCCCAUUUCUGUCGGAUUGCUUGAGGAUGUCCGUUCUGAUCAGCGUAAUUACGCAGCCUAUGGGAAGUAUCUCGCGCAUAUGCGAAUUCGAGCCGUUUCUUUAAAGCAUCACUUGCAGUUCCUCAAAGCACGUUCGGAACGGCAAUUACAACUUCAUUGCAAUGUUGCGCUGCAUGAUGCUAUUAGCCGGUUCAUGGAUACAAAACUACGGGCGCUGAAGCACUUUUAUUCCACCUUCGUAAAAUGCCGAGACAGGUUAGAGCAACCAGAUGGUGGCCGCUCAGCACAGCAGCAAUUGGUGUGGGAGUUCGUCCACGACUUGUGCGAACAAUGGAUGGCGCAUCCGCACAAACAACACGUCUGUUGUGUCCCGCAGAAUGAUCCGGAGUUUGGACAAUUUCGCAGCAUUUUGGAUGGUUGUAAAUCUCACAUUGAACAACUGGUGAUGGAUAAAAUUUAUAAAUCUGGCAUUUGGAUGAACGAUGCUCAAAUGGAGCGAGAAAAAGAUCUCGUGUUUUAUCGCGAGCUGGCCUACUUACGUCGCACCUUAUCGGCUGCACACACACACAUCCCAGAACGUUUUCAUGUGUUGUUGCCAUUCGAGCCGGUCCAGAGUGAACUCUUACAACUCGAUCGAUACCACCUCCCAUCGGAAAUGAUCAGAUGCCUCGAUCGCGUGGUGCAGCAGAUUUUGGCAUGUCUUGGUCUCGUCUCACCCGAUGCACAUCCCGGAGCUGAUGUCAUAUUACCGGUACUCGUUUACGUGAUCAUUCAGACAAACCCUCCAAAUUUGCUUUCCAAUAUGGCAUUUAUCGAGACAUUCGCUGGCACCCUCCAGAGCAAGGAUGAGUACAUCUGGUGUCAGUUUCGCGCCGCCGUGGCCGAAGUACGUCGACUUCUAUCCGUCGUUUCACCCGACUGCGGAUUUCAAAGAUGACAUUCGGCAGUUGCUGCGUCGUGGGUUCAAGCUGUGAAUAAGUCUUUUCUACUCUUUUAUGUUCUGACUCCACUAUGUGCAUUGUACAUCAACCGUGUGUUUUAGGUCGCCCGUGAAUGUAUUUUCACCUACCAAGAUGUGUUUCCUAGUUGAGAUGAAAACCUGACUCUACACUUUUGUCAGUGAUAUGCAUAUGCUGCAAAAAUCAGCACCUGACCUGCGUGUGGUCCGCAUUAUAUAAUACUGGAUUGUUGCUUGUCUAACAGCGCAAUGUUAAAUUUUGUCAAAUGUCCAAAACACCAGGUACGCUCAC